AUGACAGAUACAAAAUUCAAAAUUUAUCCCUAAGAUUUUGAUAAGUCUAAAUUGAUUAAAGAGAAAAAAGAUAUAAUUUAAAGAUUUGAAUUAUUAUGGAUUAAGGAAUCAGAAGAACCUCUUAAAUAUAAGAAAGGAAUUAAAAUUAAGAAUUAUAUUGAUUAAGGCAAAUAUGAAGGUGAAUUAAUUAAUGAUAAAAGAUGUGGCAAAGGCAUAUAUCAUUAUAGUAAUGGUGAUACUUAUGUGGGAGAAUGGAAGGAAGAUAGGUAAAACAGAAAGCACAAUGUAGGUUUCAUGGAAAAGGAGUAUAUUUAUUCGUAAAUGGAGAGAGAUAUGAGGGAGAUCUGAGAGACAGCAUUAAAUUUGGUAGAGGAAUAUAUUUCUAUGAAAAUGGUAAUAUAUAUGAAGGAGAGUGGGCAAAUGAUAAAAAAAAUGGUAAGGGAAUUUACACAUACUUUCUAAACAAUGAGAAGUAUGAAGGAUAAUGGUUGAAUGGAGAAAAACAUGGCAAAGGAUUGUACAUAUACACUAGUGGUGAUUCAUAUUUUGGAGAUUGGAGAGAUGGAGUAAAAUCAGGAAAGGGUAUAUUUGAAUAUUUAAAUGGGUCAAGAUUUGAAGGGGAAUUCUUUGAUGAUAAAGCAAAUGGUUUUGGAAUAAUGUAAUAUUAAAAUGGUGAUAAGUAUGAAGGAUAAUGGUUGGAAGGAUUAAAAUAAGGUUAAGGAAUCUAUUGGUAUUCUGACGGAGCUAAGUAUCAAGGAGAAUGGAGAAAUGAUAAUCAAUUUGGAAAUGGAAUCUUUUAUUAUAAUAAUGGGGAUCGAUAUGAAGGAUCUUUUAUAGAUGGAGAACGCUCUGGUAAAGGAGUUUAUAUUUAUUAUAAUGGAGAUAAAUAUGAAGGGGAUUAUAAAAAUGAUUUGAGAAGUGGUAUAGGAAGGUUGCAGAUGGUCAAUAAUGAUUUUUAUUUUGGAGAGUGGGCAAAUGGAAAAUGGAAUGGGAAAGGAAAAUAUGAAUAUGCAAAUGGUGAUUAUUUUGAAGGUUUCUUCUAGGAUGGAAAAAGAUCAGGAAAAGGUGUUUAUUGUUGGAGGAAUGGGGAUAAAUAAAUAGGAUAUUGGAAAAAUGAUAUAAUGUAAGGAAAUGGAGAAUUUAUAUCAUAAAAUUGA